AUGACGACUGGCCCGUUUUCGGGCUCUUCUCGGCCUAGAACCCCAUCUGCAUCUGCCGUUGUCGGUGAAGCCCCUAUCGUCCCUUCUGUGGAGGCUCAGCACCUAGCCCGCUUCGAGUUCAGCGAUGCUGGCACAAAGGUUCUGAUGGUGGAGUGGUAUCCCGAUGCCGUUCCGGGCCCCGCUGCAUCUGCCAAUUGUCCUGCCGACACCCCCGGUGAACAAUCCGCUCCGGCUGCCGAUCGCAUCUCCGCAACGGAGCCGGCUCCGGCUUCUGCUCCGGUGGACAGCAUCAACAGAACAUGUUGGCAGGUGUCGUGGCCGGGGAAGUCUACUAACCUCCCUGCUGCUGAUCUUGAGCCAGACUCCGGUGCAGGCACUGCUCCUGCGUCUUCAUCUCGUCAACGUCGUCGCCGUGUAUUCUUCCUGCUCCCCGCUGAUGCUACGGUCCCCUCGACGAUCACUAUCACGCCUCCUGGCUCACCCAGUUUGACCCUCAAACCGCUUCCGGCCAUCUUCCCACCAGGCCUUGCCGCUGAUCCCGGCAAUCGGGGAGUUCUGCACACGCUAUGGGCUCGCCAGCGCCUGGCAGCCAUAGAUCGGGAAGUAGCCGACGAGCUUCGCAAUAAUUCUGAGGGAGUGGGUGUUGAGAUGGCCCUCGCUGAGAGGCAAUGGAUUCUCGACACAUUUAUCAACGCGCCGCAACUUCCCAGUGAUUCCAUGCCUCGUCCUGUAGCCACUCGUUCACCUACAGGCCGCUUGGGGGACAAGCUCAAAGGUCUCAAGCUGGCCACAUCACCUGCUGAUUUAACACCGAGCACGACAGCAAACACCUUUAUGAGCCCCAUUAGCCAAUCUCAUCCGUUUCAACCCAGAGGGCGUGAUAUCGCUGUGUCGUCCCAUGAGGCCAUGGCCAGCAACGCAUCUACAGGGCCCAUAUCGCUCAAUGCUGCAUUACAUGGCGACAUUACUACAGCUGCCUCAGCCCCUGCCAGACCUCUACGGCGAGAUGACGACGAUGAGCUGUUUGCUCUGCCCAUGAGUCCACGCAGCCCAGAUAUGAAGAAGAGUCUUUUCAGCGCGCUAUGA